UCCAUGCGUGUAACACCCAAGACGAUUUGCGCCGACUCACCGAGUUGUAUUCUAAUUGUUGCUGCCCCUGUUCUCUCCUCCUUCCCGUGUAAGAUGGUGGUUUGUGCUGCCAGCAGGUAGCCAGCACCUUUACAAGCUGACAGAAAGGCCGGUUGGCUCCGUGACAACCGCUAGUGACGGCAGCUUGCUGUAACCGUGUCCCGCACAGGCAUACUUCUCCCUCAACAUCCUGGAGAGGAAGCUGCAAUAACACAUAGGCAGGUGCAGCUCCUGUCCCCGUCCUGGACGUCGCCCGAUCCAGUAGUGUGUGUGUGAUCGUAGGAUGUCCCGGAACCCUGGGGUGAAGGACGACCUGAUGGAGUGCCCGCUGUGUAUGGAGCCGCUGGAGAUCGAUGACGUCAACUUCUUCCCCUGCACCUGUGGAUACCAGAUCUGUCGCUUCUGCUGGCAUCGAAUCAGGACGGACGAGAACGGCCUCUGUCCCGCCUGCAGAAAGCCGUACCCAGAAGACCCGGCGGUGUACAAGCCGCUGUCGCAGGAGGAGCUGCAGAGGAUAAAGACGGAGAAGAAGCAGAAGCAGAACGAGAAGAAGCAGAAGAUCACCGAGAACAGAAAGCAUCUGGCCAGCGUCCGGGUGGUGCAGAGAAACCUGGUGUUUGUGGUGGGGCUAUCCCAGAGGCUGGCUGACCCCGAGGUUCUGAGGAGGCCAGAAUAUUUUGGCAAGUUUGGGAAGAUUCACAAAGUGGUGAUCAACAACAGCACAUCGUACGCUGGCUCCCAGGGUCCCAGUGCCAGUGCCUACGUCACAUAUAUACGUUCAGAAGACGCUCUCCGAGCAAUCCAGUGUGUCAACAACGUAGUGGUCGACGGCAGGACGCUGAAGGCUUCUUUAGGAACUACAAAAUACUGCAGUUACUUUUUAAAGAGCAUGCAGUGCCCCAAACCAGACUGCAUGUAUCUACACGAGCUGGGGGAUGAGGCUGCCAGUUUUACUAAAGAGGAGAUGCAGGCAGGAAAGCAUCAAGAGUAUGAGCAGAAACUACUGCAAGACCUGUACAAAAGCAACCCGACCUUCCUGCAGAGCCCAGCGGUGUCAGGGGACCGGCCGAAGGCCAAAGGCAACUCCUUACAGAGUAAAGAUGGCCUGUCGUCAGACCCCGGGAGGAGUCCUCCAUCAGAGGGCUCAGACUGUGAACACUUGACCCCUGCGGGGCCACAACCUGACCCGAGCCUGGACCCUGUACCGGCCCUCUGCCCUUUCUCCUCACAGCUUGCUAGCCCCAGCCACACACUGACAGACAUCAUCAGUAUAGGCAACGGUGACACCUCACAACUGCUCCGUGGAGGCAGUGAGUCCCCGUCGCCCCCCCCCGGCCUCAGUAAAUCCAGCCUGCUGCUGCCCAUCAGUGUCCCGGGCCACACAGCCCGCUCCCCGUUCGAGGCGGCUCCCGCGGAGUCCCAGUCCCUGUUCUCGGACAACAGUAACUUCAGGCAUCCCAACCCGCUGCCCAGCGGCCUGAGCGGCUUCCCCAGCUCCCCCCACAGCAACGCUGACUGGCCCACGGCGCCAGAGCCACAGAGCCUCUUCACCUCAGAUACCAUGCCGGUGUCGUCGUCCACAGACUGGCAGGCAGCGUUUGGCUUUGGCUCGUCCAAUCAGCAGCAGGACGACGACCUGGGCUUCGACCCGUUUGACAUCACACGCCGAGCUCUGGCGGACCUCAUUGAGAAAGAGCUCUCUGUUGAAGACAGCUUUGGCUCCGCCCACAGAACGCUGGGGACCCUGGGAGGGCUCCCACCCUCUCAGCACUUCCCACAGCAUCAGCACCCUCGCAGGGCGGACUAUAGCUCCUUCAGCUUCCCCUCCCACCCUCCAUCCUCCGCGUCCUCGGCAUCCUGUGGCUCCUGGAUGGCUUCCACCUCUUCACGCAGGAACUUUGUGCAUUUGAACCACACAGUCAGUGUAACGGCUUUCCCCUCACACAGCAACUUCUUGGACUUGACAGUGCUGCCAGGACAUCACAGUUCUGGGCUUGGAGGAAUCCCCAUCACAGAAAGCAGCAGCUGUGGAGAGAGUCUAAAUGUGAAGGAGUGGCAGGACGGCCUCAGAGCGCUGUUACCCAACAUCAACAUCAACUUUGGAGGGCUGCCCAACUCCACAUCUUCCUCAUUGUCAUCAUCCUCCUCCUCGUCAUCCUCCAGUGUCCAGCACGCGGGGGCCCCGGGGCUUCCUCACAGCCUCUGCUGGGACCGCACAGCCAGAUGGAUGGACCCAGCCAUAAUCACCGGGAUCCCAACCUGCGCUGGCAACGGUCUGGACUCUCUUCAGGACGACAACCCUCCACACUGGCUCAAGUCCCUGCAGACGCUCACAGAAAUGGACGCCCCGCCCAGCUCUGUCUCACAAAAUGGCUCCUUAGGGAGCCAGCCGCCCCCCCACAGAGCCGGCUGGGCGCACUACCCGGCCCCUAGCAGCCAGUUCCACUCCCCGCCGCCAGGCUUCCAGACGGCCUUCAGACCCCCAACACAGACCCAGACAGACCUGCUACAGAGCGCCGCCAUCGACCGCCACUAGGAACUCUCAACACACACACGCACACAUACACGCACACACACACACACGUGUCGCUACCUGGAACCACACCAAAUAGGCAGAUACAGUAUAAAAAACUAUGAGCAACUAAUAAGAUAAUAAUAAUAAUAAUAAUAUUAAUAUAAUGUUUUAAUUUCUUCCUCCGACCAGAUCAACCACGCUUGUGUUUCGUGUCUCGGUUCGUGAUUGUUGGUAUGAGUAGGUCGAUGCCUGCUGCCCCAGCCACACCUCCUAACAGACACCCAGGCAGAGAGCAAAAAAGCAGCAGCAGCAGCCUUUACUAAAUCUGAAAAAGCUUUUAGCAUCGCACGCUCACUUCCAGUCAUGUGCUGAAAGUGUGUUCGAGAGAUGCUUUGGAAUCAAAUCAAGCUGCGACCAACAUGAUGAUUUGAAACGUGAUUGAACAUGUCUCCUGAUAAAUCUCUUAAAUCAGUCUUCACAACAGAAUCCAAUUCCACAACGAGCUGCAUCUGAGAAUCAGACCUUUAGCUUCUUUGAUCAGUAAAUUGAAGGUUCAGUAUGGUUAAGGUAUGGCAGGGCGCAAGGAGCCGCACCGCUUUGGUAUAUAGUAUAUUAACGACAAAAGAUCUGAGGGAGCGUAACACUAUUAUGAGCCCUACACGGUCUGCAAAGUCAACCUUCGAGAGCGGCCAGGCACCAUUUUAUAAGAACAGAAUCCGAUGUGUGACGGGGUUGGGGCUCGUGAGUCGUGAAAACACGGUUUUCGUCCACGCAAGUUACGUGCACGCCGACGCUUUGAGCUACGCAAGUUUUCAUGUUGUGUUCUGGAAUGUGUCGCCUAAAAAUCACUACGCAAGCUGCAGUGUGAGCAUGGCUGCCAAGUGUGCUAGAACAUGAAACCGUAAGUGAAAGUUGGACCUAUUUUGGGUUCCCUUCCGAUCAGAAUAACCGCGGCUGACCACACUGUUGAACACGUCCGUAUGCGGCAUAUGAACAUCCCAUCAUCUCUUUCUCUCAUCUUCCUUCUGUGCAGAAAGCACAGCAGUAAACGUUCCUGCUACUGUGGUCAUGGAAACGCUCUUACUAGUUGACGUUUGUUACCCCCACCAGUGCGUAAGAGUGCCCGUUCAGUAUGUUCACCGGGGUUUGUGCCGGCUCGGCCAGGCGUGGUCGUAGGCGUUCCGUGUUUCGGCCCUAACGGAUGAUUUAAGUGCACGUAUACGGUACAUUGAGAGCAGAGUGUCACCUGAUCAGUUUGACCUGGAAGUGAAGGCUCAUCCUGUUUAGAUCCCUCCUACUUUCAAAAUAAAAGUUGGGUCAGUAAUCUCAGAGACACGGCAUCUCAUACUCAAGAGAGACCUGACUUUAUAUCCCAGUGGCUAGUACAUCACACCUAGAUCUCUGACUGAAGUGUCAAGUUUUUUUACAGGAGAAGACUGCGUGCAAUAAUCUCUGGUUUUGCUGCAUCAAUGAGAUGUCCACCAUUGGGUCUGUGACGGUAUUAUAGUAGCACUAAAUCAGUGGGGCUGUGUUUUAAUUCGCAGGAUCAGGAAAACAGGGUAGCCUUAUUAAGGAUCAGAAGAUUUGCAAUUUACAUAUGCCUGUAUACUAGUCUCCACUACAGGGCAGGACCUACUUUAAAAUGGAUACACCCACGCUUCCGUUCAUACUACGGAGUAGGGUUGGGCAUCGAGAACCGGUUCCAGCUUGGAAUCGUUUCAGAAAUGACCAUUCCAAUGGAUUUUUUUUUUUUAUUGGAAUAGUUUGGAAAUUUUUUGUUUUGAAUCUGAUCGUCGGUCCAAAAUGUAACACCGCCGUACUUUCAAGUGCUCGUCGUGUUGAAUGGCUUUAUUUCACGUUGAAGAAAACCGUUAAAAGUGUAAAUCACCAUUGAAUCCUCUUAUCUGUGAAAUAAGCAUGUGACCCCCAUAAACUAGAGAGGUCCGAUACCAUUUU